AUGUCCAAAGUCAAAAUUUUAACUUUGAGUUGGGUCAUCCCCAUUAGGCAGGCGAUCGUUUUCAUUUCUUCAAAGUUCGUUCAGCAAAACAAAAAGGAGAUGAAGAUCGAGGUGAGAGAAUCGACGAUGGUGAGGCCGGCGGAGGAGACGCCGAGGAUCAAUCUAUGGAACUCAAAUGUCGAUCUCGUUGUCCCGAAUUUCCACACACCGAGUGUGUAUUUCUACCGGCCAAACGGCGCCUCCAAUUUCUUUGAUCCGAAUGUGAUGAAGGAUGCGUUGAGUAAAGCUUUGGUUCCGUUUUAUCCGAUGGGAGGACGAUUGAAGAGAGACGAAGAUGGAAGGAUAGAGAUCGAUUGUCAAGGACAAGGUGUGUUGUUCGUGGAGGCGGAGUCCGACGGCAUGGUGGAUGAUUUCGGGGAUUUUGCACCGACGUUGGAGCUCCGGAAACUAAUUCCGGCGGUUGAUUAUUCUCAAGGAAUUGAAUCGUAUCCUCUGCUGGUUUUACAGGUGACCUACUUCAAAUGUGGUGGAGUUUCACUCGGAGUUGGGAUGCAACACCACGCGGCAGAUGGCGCGUCUGGGCUACACUUCAUCAACACCUGGUCCGACAUGGCACGUGGGCUCGACCUCACGAUCCCACCUUUCAUCGAUCGAACCCUCCUACGAGCCCGGGACCCACCCAACCCAACCUUCACCCACGUCGAAUACCAACCCGCUCCCCAAAUGAAAACCACCACCACCGCCACCGCCACCGGCGAACUCGAACAGCCACCUCCGGAAACCGCCGUCGCCAUUUUCAAACUAACACGAGACCAACUCAACGCCCUAAAAGCCAAAUCAAAAGAAAACGGCAACACAAUCAACUACAGCUCUUACGAAAUGCUCUCCGGCCAUGUCUGGAGGUGCGUCUGUAAAGCUCGUAACCUCCCCGACGACCAACUCACAAAGCUAUACAUCGCCACCGACGGCCGCGCGCGUCUCCGGCCGUCGCUUCCGCCUGGGUACUUCGGAAACGUCAUAUUCACAACCACUCCAAUAGCGGUUGCUGGUGAGCUAAUGUCGCAGCCUACAUGGUACGCCGCCGGGAAAAUUCACGACGGAUUAGUGAAGAUGGACAAUGAUUAUCUGAAAUCGGCGCUUGAUUACUUGGAAUUACAGCCUGAUUUGAAGGCUCUUGUUCGUGGUGCUCAUUCGUUUAGAUGCCCUAAUUUGGGGAUAACGAGUUGGGCUAGACUUCCGAUUCACGACGCUGAUUUUGGGUGGGGGAGGCCGAUUUUCAUGGGUCCCGGCGGAAUUGCGUAUGAAGGGCUGAGUUUUGUGUUACCGAGUCCGAUUAACGAUGGGAGCUUGUCGAUUGCAAUUUCAUUACAAGCUGAACACAUGAAGGUUUUUAGUAAGUUUCUUUAUGAUAUAUAAAAUGGCUGAUUUAUGGCUAUGGUUAUUAUAUGUUUUUUUUAUAAGUUUAUUAAACCUUUCCCAAAUACAUUGAUGUAUGUGAAUGGAGGCUGAAAAUGUUUUUUUGUCAGCUUAUCGGUUUAUAUUGCUUUUAUGUCAAUGUAAGUAUGGUGUUGUAUGUUUUAAAGGCACAUAAAAGCAAAUCUAUGAUAUGAUAAGUUUAUUGUGAA